AUCAUUUUUUGCUCUCUUAACUUUAGGAUUGUGUUGAGAUGGAUUUCUGACAAUAGUUGAAGAUGUUCAAUCAGCUUAUACAAACCCAUGGGGCAAGAAGCUGACCAAAAUAGCCAACGGCUUACGUUAGACCCGCUCAUUAGCCUGGAGAAGGUCAAUGGCCUAAUCCUUAUCUUCAGAAAAUCCUUGGAGUGGUUCUGUUAACAUUUCUUAUUGUGACUUCAUGGGAAUGGCAUACCAGACGUUUCAGCAAGAGUACAUGCAAAUUCCCCCCGUCACAAGGGCAUAUACAACUGCUUGUGUGCUCACUACAUUAGCUGUGACUGUUGAUUUCAUAUCUGGUACUUUUGUUUCUCCCUUUUUUCGAGAGCAGCAGUUGGAUAUCAUAUCACCAUUUCAAUUGUACUUCAAUCCCAUCCUCAUAUGGAAACACUUUCAGGCUCCCUAUUUGCCCUGGGUUCUGCUUGCAUUCUCGAUCCUGCUGGGGAACUCAGUGACAGUGGACCUCCUUGGGAUGACUGUUGGACACAUUUACUACUUUGUGGAAGAUGUAUUUCCCCUCAUGCCGAAUGGGACACAUCUCCUCAAGACACCUCAUAUCCUGUACAUAUCCUGAGGGUGCUGUUUGAUCCCCCACCUGAGGAGCCAUAUGAACCCCUCCCAGAAGAUCGACCUGGAGGAUAUCGAUGGGGCCGAGGAGAGAACGAAGCAGCUGACUGAAGAGAGGGAAUGGCCUUUGCUCUGAUUACCUCUUAAAAAUGGGAAUUGGGAAUUGUCACAUCAUAAUAUAGAGU